AUGGCAGGAGAAGGACAGCAUCAAGUAACACUUCUCGUGGACUUUCUCGUUGUCAAUGUGCCAUCAGUGCACAAUGUCAUUCUGGGCCGACCUUCCCUUAACGCGACAAGGACGGUUGUGUCCAUAUACCAUCUGAUGAUGAAGUUUCCAGUGAAGCAUGCCCUCACCAUCAACGUCCUCGAUACCACAGAAGAUCCCCCUGAGAACUUAGAGACCAUCCCGUUUGAGGAAGCUAACCUAAGCAAAACUGUUCUGCUCGAGUCUUUGCUGAAUUCUGAGCAAAGAUCUCAGUUGUCGAUGUUCCUACAACAACACAGGGACGUCUUCGCGUGGUUGCACGAGAAUAUGCCGAGCAUCUCUCCCGAUGUCAUGGUCCAUAGACUGAACGUAGAUCUGGAUCCCAAACCAGUGAAACAAAAGAGGAGAGUGUUCAAUGCUGAGAGGUACGUAACUAUAGCCGAUGAAGUCUCCAAGCUCCUCAGUGUCGGCUUCAUCGAAGAAAUACAUUACCCAGACUGGAUCAUCAACGUGGUCCUGGUGAAGAAAUCAAGCGGGAAGUGGUAG